AUUUAACUCAUUGGCUGCCAUUGAUGUCACUUGACAUCCAAUCCAUUUUGACUGGGAGAGAUGGCAGUGAUUAUUGACAAAAUAUAUUGACCAACUCCCUAAAUUGGGGUUUGAUGUUGUCAUCGUUGUAACAAUAUUUGUAUUAGACUUCUCAGUCAAUAUACUUUAUUUAGCACAUUUAAAAGAUCCACAAGAGAAGCCAAAUUGCUGUACAUAAAACAGAAACAUAAGUUAAGACGUGAGAUACAACCACGUCAAAAGAAUUAAUUUAGUAAUUUUGUUGAGAAUAUGACAAUAUUUGUCGUUUUUUUUUUUUUUUUAAGAACUUCUGAAAUCUUCCCUUGUGAGACCUGUGGACCGUAUUAAAUUGUGAAGUGAAACAUUUACAUCCUAUUCAUUAUUAUUUUUUAAAGACUGCCACACUUUUAUAGUUUUAACUUCUCCCCUUAGUUCUUAUCCAUAGUUGUCUACACAGCUGUAAAAUACUGUAUCCUCAUUGUUGAGGCUUGCUGGGAGGUUUGUAUGUAAACACAAUUUUCUGUUGACAUUUAGUAACAAAAUUCAGGUUUGUCCGCUAAACGUCUGACACACUGAGACAAAACGCUCUGCUGUCAUUUGGAUCUAUAUUAUUAAAUAUGCAGUAGGUCUGAAGAAGCUGACGUUUUUUCCCUCGCCAACGCAAGCAUGUCACUGGUGUAUUGUAAUGCCCUCCCAAAAUCAGUUGGUUGUUUAUAAUUUUAAUGUGUUAUGUAAGAGUAAGAUGUAAGAGUUUCUUCCGUGUCAAAGGUGCAUACAAGGCAAAAAUCUUUAACUUUGAAAUGAAGCUAAACAUCAACACAGUGUUACGUAAUGGUUUCGCUUGAGCAUGUCAAGGUGCAUCACGGAAUUCAAAACAAAUGGAAGAUGGACUGAAAUACUGAGUGCGGGACGCAGGGUUCCUGGAGCAGGCGCACCGUGUCAUCAUCCCCCUUCUGUCCUCUCGUAUCCCCCCUCCCCCUCCCUGUGUGUUCCCCUGUAUGUUACUCACCCUGCAACCCUACCCACCCCCAUCUGAUUGUUAGUGUUGCAUCGCCGCUCCAACCCGAAGCCACCCUCUCACCCCAUGCUUGGGAUAAAGCCAGCUCACUGCCAGCCCAAUGACUGCCUGGAUCGUCCUGCCGGUCAGCCUGUCUGCCUUCUCCAUCACAGGAAUAUGGAUAGUGUAUGCCAUGGCUGUUAUGAAUCGCCAUGUUUGUCCUGUGGAGAACUGGUCCUACAAUAUAACAUGCACAGAAGAGCUUCUCCGACCAGGCUUGCCCAAGACCUGCUGCACCAUCCAGGACAUCCCCCUCAUCAGUAAAUGUGGUUCUUACCCUCCUGAAAGCUGCCUGUUUAGCCUCAUCGCCAAUGUUGGAGCCUUUAUGGUGGUGAUGGUGUGCCUUUUGCGCUACGCCCAGGUGAUAGAACACAGCCACAGAUGUUGGGUAAACACCAGCGCGCUGGUGUCAGGCUGCACCAACGCAGUGGGUCUGGUAAUGGUGGGCAACUUCCAGGUUGACCACGCCAAGUCUCUUCACUACGUGGGCGCCGGCGUGGCCUUUCCAGCAGGGCUGCUCUUCGUGUGCUUACAGUGCGUGCUCACCUAUCGGGUGGCCGUCACCGCCCUCGACUAUUGGAUGGCCCAUUUCCGUGUGACUCUGGCCCUCGCAGCCAUGGUCUCCCUCGUACUCAGCGGCAUCUUCUUUGUGCAUGAGAGCUUCACACUCCAGCACGCCGCAGCCAUCUGCGAGUGGGUCUUCACCGUGGACAUCCUGGUCUUUUACGGCACCUUCACCUACGAGUUCGGCACGGUCACCGGCGAGACCAUGAUAGCCGGCCUGCAACAGUGUCUCCACCACGGCUCGGGGGUGAUGUUAGGCCCCAGGACCAGGGACUCGGCACUGAGCGGGGCGACCAAGGGUCUCAAGUCACCCGGGGGUAGCAGCACAUCCACGCAUCUCAACUGUACCCCUGAGAGUAUAGCCAUGUUGUGAGGAGCCCCGUGGAUGCUUACCUCCUGGAAAUAUGACUGCGGUAGCAUGCUAAGAGAGAGACUCGUUCUGUUUUCUAACAAAUUCAGCCAACACUCACCUGUCAUGCUGUAAUAUCUUUUUCCCCAGCCUCACGUCAAGGGACAAGCAAGCUUGAAUGGUAAGCUGCCUCAGUAUUUUCGCAAGAAUUUAAGGAAGUCAUAUGAAAUUGAUGGACUGUACAUGAGUUUCCCAACAUAUGCGUUUUCAAAUAUACAGUGAUCCCUCGUUACUUCGCGCUUCAAACUUCCUACCCUCAGUCUAUUGCGGAAUUGUUUAAAAAUUAAAAAAAAAAUAAAAUAAAUAUAGUACUUUUUAGAAAUGUCCCAAUCCGAUCACUUACUGCCCCUCUCCCUCCUGCUGCUUUUCUUGCUCAGCAGGCAGAUGGAGUUUGCUUGUUAAAGUUAACGAUGAGUGACGGGCGCUGCUUUGAUCUUGCCAGAGAAGCUCGGUAGCACUCUUCUAAGCAGCAGAUCUGUCAAUCAUUGUUUUGCUUGUUAAAGGGUAGUGUGCUGUGGCAACUCGUGUAAGUGACGAGAGGCUGGCCUCAGCAGUGUGAGUGGAUUUGAGUGGACUCACUCAAUGAAGUAUUUAAUAAAGACAAGCAUUUUGCUACUUUAUUCUUGUUUAAAAGUAAUUCAGUGGUACAGUAACAUGUUUAAAACUUUAUUUUUUGAUUUGAGGGAAAAAGGGAAAACAUAUGUAUUUUAUAUGUAUCUCCAACGCUAAAUCUGAAUAAAUACAUUGAAAACACCAAAAAAACCUGAUGUUUGCACCAAAGUGGUACUUAGGUAUACGAUAGCAUCGAAAUACAAUCCUUUCGACAGCCGACGUAAAGUUUGGCUUGUUUCUGCUUUUUCAAUGUAGAUAAGCUCCGACUCUACUUUGCGGAUUAUCGCAGGCGGGGUCCCCAUUAACCGCGCAAAACGAGGGAUCACUGUAACAGUCAUCAGACAUAGCAUUUGGUUAGACCGGGGGUCGGCAAACCGCGGCUCCAGAGCCGCAUUUGGCUCUUUAGCGCUGCCCUAAUGGGUCCAUGGAGCUUUUUCAAAAAUGUUUGAAAAUGGAAAAAGAUGGAGCGAAAUGUAUUUUUUGUUUUUAUAUACUUUCUGUAGGAGGACAAACAUGACACAUUCUCCUAAUUCAUUAAUAUAGUAAUGAAGUUAAACUUGAGGCAGCAUGGUACAACAGAGUCAUCACGUGGGGCGUCAUUCUCUAUAGGACGCACUGCAGGGAAAAUAAUCAUUUAAUCAUGAAGGCUCAUUAUGUAUUUGUAGCCAAUUUACCGUAAUUUUCGGACUAUAACCGCUCCCUUUUCCUUUCAUUUUGAAUCCUAUGGCUUAUAGUCCAGUGCGGCUUAUUUGUUGAUUUAUUUGGUUUAAUGGGCAACACAUGCCUCCUAGUAUGCAUUGCAGCGCUACAGAUGUAAAUAACAAUCAAAAUUCAUGUUCUAUGCUAAAUAUUUAUUCUGUUACUGUUCGAGUUGUCAUUAAUUGCUUGUUUUGGUAUUUAGUAACACUUUGUUUGACAGUGGUGUCAUAAGACGGUCAUAUUUAUUACACUAUAAUGGGUAUUACUGAAUGGUUAUGAGAGAUGUCAUUGAGUGUCAUCCGGCAAAUUAUGUUACUAACUCCAUUUAUGUCCACUUUGGAUCUUUUACGUCCAUUCAAAAGUGAUAUAAUUUGCCAGAUAGCACCAUCUGUUAUAAGCAUUCAUUAAUGCUCAUGACAGUGUCAUGUCUUAGUUAUGAUGGUCUAAUGACAUUGCGCCACUGUUAAAUAAAGUGUUACCAAAUACCAUAGCUAGCAAUUAAUGAAAUAACUGGAACAGUAACUGAAUAUUUAUUUACAUCUGUAGUGCUGCAAUGCAUGUUGGACAACAACAGCGUUGACAGCAGAGGUUGACUGUCUCCCCGAAGGGAGCAGUGAUGGCCAAAUGAAGCUUCUUGAAGCAAUAAAGCUUUGCUACCAAUUGGUUCAAAGCUUCAUGGUGUUUCACUUGGUCUUAUGAAAGUCGUAUGAUGCCACUGUCAAAUAAAGCGUUACCAGUUUAUAUCUUUUGGUGUAAAUAUCCUAUAAUACAGUGAGGAUAGCUGCAGUUUAUAGUCCAGUGCAUCCUAUCUAUGAAUAAAUGCCGUUUUCGUGUCACAUUUGGUGGGUGGCGGCUUAUAGUCAGGUGCGCCUUAUAGUGCAAAAAUUAUGGUCGUCAUUUUGAUAAUAGGCUAAUAUAGAUACAUACAGCAUGUGUUGCCUUCAUUAUGAAGCUUUUAUUUAUUUAUUUAUUUGCUGCUCCAGAUAUAUCUACAGGGUGACCCAAAAAACAGUUUACACUGCCAUAAUACAACUUAAAUGCCAUGUUUAUUCAGCUUAGAAUUAGAAUUUAAUCACAAAUUAUUAGGGCUCACAAACGAUUAAAAUUUUUAAUCGAGUUAAUUACAGCUUAAAAAUUAAUUAAUCGCAAUUAAUCGCAAUUCAAACCAUCUAUAAAAUAUGCCAUAUUUUUCUGUAAAUUAUAUAUAUAUUCUGUAAAAUAAUUUGUUGGAAUGGAAAGAUAAGACACAAGAUGGAUAUAUACAUUCAACAUACGGUACAUAAGGACUGUAGUGGGCAUUUCACUCUACUGUCAUUUAAAUCUCUCUAUGCUGUCCUCACUCCGAAGCGUCUACUUUUUCCAAAGCUAGACAGCUAGUGAACGACGCCUUAGUAAUCAGACUUCUUCCUUUUCCAUCUGAUUUAUUAAUAAAAUGGCCUCAAACCACUGUCCUCUUUAGACCGUAGUGAAAUUACAAAAAAAAAAGUACACAAGCAUUGCAUUAGCAACAACGUUAGCUUAGCACGCUAUACAGGUUCACUAAACAUAAACAAAAAGCGUCUCAUACAAAAAAUAUAACAUUUCGCUUACUAACAUAAUAUGUACAUUCUUUACAACAACCAUACUUACGGACAAAUCUUGUCCAAGGAUCAUAUAAGCACAACAUUACAACGUAGGCGUCAGCCCGAGACGUCGUGCAGCCUCUCCAAGGCUGCCACAGAAGUUUGUGGCUUCUUACAGGCACUGUCCUCCACAGUUGCCCAUAUGCUAUAAUCCAGGGGAUUAAGAUCUGGACUCUGGGGUGGCCACAUAUCACCUUGUCAAUCAACUUUUUGGUCCGCACAGAUCGGCACUUCCAGACCCAGGUUUUCGUGAGGCUGUUCCCGGAUCUUUCAGCUUCUUUUUAACUUUGUAGACUGCACAUCUGGAUAUUCACAGAUUUGCUGCAAUCUCAGUAGGUGUCAGACCGGCACGCAGCAAUUCAGGUACAGCUAAAGUUUUCUUCAUUUUCAGCAGAAGCACAGGAAUUGUAGAGACGAGAGAUUACCAGCUGCAUUGAAUGACCUUAAUGAAUCACUUAAGCAUGACAACGUAUUUAGAUAUGUUUCAGUGGCUUUUAAACAAGCAGUCAACUGAGUGUAAACUUUUUUUUGGGUCACCCUGUAUAUAAUAUGGCGGACAACACAGACAAGACUGAAAAAGCGGUUUCUGCUCUUGCACUCCUCUUUAAAAGAAACUUUGUGUGUUGUUUGAUAGAACAAUAUUUCUAUAUGCUGCCAUAGCAUAUUCAUGGAGUAUUAAGCCCCCGAACUAUUUUUAAUUUGUCCGUUUUACCUUGAAAACCCCAUUUACAGACGUCGCUUUUGUUUCAACCCAGCCAUAAAACGAAGGUAAAUAAUUGUAUUUAUUAUUCAAUUUGUCUGUCGUUUUAGCUUAGAAUCAUUCAUUGAUGUCUCAUAUUUCGUUUAAAAAAAUAACGACUUUAAAAAAUUAUUCACUCACAUAUUUUAAACAAAUUAUGUCACAAUGAAAAAAAUGGCGUCUGUAAAAAAGUCAGGAUAUCUACCUCAUAACUGUCGCUUAAUUUAAUUUUUUUGUUACUGUUGCAUUUUCUCUGAUAUGUUAGAUGGUAAAUAAUCGAUCCAAUCAAAGAAAAGUUGAAAAUAAAAGUUUAAAAGGGUAAAUAUAUGAAAAGAAAAUCUCGACCACUCCUUGAUAUCUGCAAUUUCUGCAUCGUCGCCCUUGUUAUAUUACCAGGUUUCACUCAUAAAAUCCCCCCAAAAUCCAGAUGUGGCCAUUCACAGCUGUCUCUUGGCGCUCAGUGAUACAUGCUACAUGGAGUUUUUGGAUUGAAACGAGGUAAGUACGCGAUAUCUCGUUAAAGUCAUGGCGUCUGUAAUUCUGCUCUCGCUUGCUCUCACCUCCAGAAAAUUGAGAUUUUAAGCUUUCCAAUGAUGUAUAACACAUGCAUAUCGGACAAUUUUGAAAUUUGGCCAAAUUGGGGGUCCCAGAGCGGAACUUCAAGUUACCUGACUGUUUUCCGCCACAUAUAUUUUUUUGUCCAAUAUGACUCAUUCAACAUUUUUGGGUUGCCGACCCCUGGGUUAGACCAGCGCCAUUUUUCAAUCAAUGUGUGCAACAACAAACAUCCCUAAACAAUGUCCUCACGUCCUCCGUUAAGACAAAAUGUCAGUGCCUGACCUUUUGUAUGGUGUCCUAAAUUCUACAGGAAAGCUUUCGUCGUGAUGCUAGAGGAACAUACUAUUUGAUCAUGGAAUGUUCCCAAUAUGGUUUCUCAUAGGAUGUUCAAAGAUAGAUUUAGUCUUUUUCUCAACGUUUUUAAGUGUGUGUUUCUGUUAAUGGCAUGAUACAAAACUUGAAGCAGCUUUGGUUGAAGGUUGACGCUAGGACGGUGAACACUUUUGGAUUAAAUUGGCCACAUUCCACAGGAGUGUCAAAGUGUACCCCGUCAUAAGUAGAGAAGUGGGCUGCCUUGAUGCAAGAGGUUCUAACAUUUUAUUUGAAAUAUUUGAUUUUGUUGGCUGCUGUGGCCUUGCUUGAAAGAUCCCCAAUUCUUUAUGGAUUUCUCGCACUUUUUAAAAGAGAAUAUGAAUUCAUAUUUUUUGUAGUUAAACAAUUCUGAAUGUUGAUGAUGACAGUUAACAGCUUUCUCCUAAUACGGCAAGUCCAAUAUGAUUUCAAAUGUUGUCUAUUGAUAAGCUCAGCUGCAUAAACACUGCAAAUCCCCCAAAAAGAAGUUCAAUUUUUAACACUGCACACAUUUUCAUAAAACUAAAUAUUUUCAACCGGGAGGCUUGGAAACAUUUCAGGUAGUUGGCUGACCUCAUCUUUUGACCACAUAACGUUGAACCUCAUAACACAUCCCACAGGACGGAAGUUAACUAACUUGAUUUGUCUUUUAUUUGCCUGUCACUCCGGAGCAACGUCAAAUAAAAAUUGCUCCAUAGUUUCCUUUUAUGUUUUUACGACUUUUUUUAACCUCGUCCUUACCAUCUAUGUUACAUCGGGAAAAAAUUGUUAAUUAUUUAUACUGCUGAUUUCUUUAAUGAUGCCAAACUUUUUUUUUUUUAAUUGUUGUAAGCCUUGUUGGCCCUUAAAAUGAGAAACUACUCACAGAUACAGUGAGGAGCAGAAGUAUUUGCACCCCUUGUGACUUUGCAAGUUCACCCACUUAGAAAAUAGUUACAGAUCUGAAAUUUCAAUCAUAGAUGCAUUUCCACGUAAAAAAUCCAGAAAUUAAGUUGUAUGAUUUAAAAUAUAUAUAUAUUUGUAAUUUACUGGGGUUCAUAAGUACAGUGGGGCAAAUAAGUAUUUAGUCAACCACCAAUUGUGCAAGUUCUCCUACUUGAAAAGAUUAGAGAGGCCUGUAAUUUUCAACAUGGGUAAACCUCAAUCAUGAGAGACAGAAUGAGGGGGGAAAAAACAGAAAAUCACAGUUUGUUUUUUAAAGAAUUUAUUUCCAAAUUAGAGUGGAAAAUAAGUAUUUGUCACCUACAAACAAGCAAGAUUUCUGGCUGUCAAAGAGGUCUAACUUCUUCUAACGAGGCUCCACUCGUUACCUGUAAUAAUGGCACCUGUUUUAACUCAUUAUCGGUAUAAAAGACACCUGACACUGACAACCUCAGUUGCAUUGAUCUUACACUCAAUGCAAGAUCUCACCCCGUGGCAUCAAAAUGAUAACAAGAACGGUGAGCAAAAAUCCCAGAACAACACGGGGGGACCUAGUGAGUGACCUACAGAGAGCUGGGACCACAGUAACAAAGGAUACUAUCAGUAACACAAUGCGCCACCAGGGACUAAAAUCCUGCACUGCCAGACGUGUCCCCCUGCUGAAGCCAGUACACGUCCAGGCCCGUCUGCGGUUCGCUAGAGAGCAUUUGGAUGAUCCAGAAGAGAACUGGGGGAAUUGUGUUAUGGUCUGAUGAUACCAAAAUAGAACUUUUUGGUAGAAACACAGGUUCUCGUGUUUGGAGGAGAAAGAAUACUGAAUUUCAUCCGAAGAACACCAUACCCACUGUGAAGCAUGGGGUGGAAACAUCAUGCUAUGUGGCUGAUUUUCUGCUAAGAGACCAGGACAACUGAUCUGUGUAAAGGAAAGAAUGAAUGAGGCCAUGUAUCGAGAGAUUAUGAGUGAAAAUCUCCUUCCAUCAGCAAGGGCAUUGAAGAUGAGACGUGGCUGGGUCUUUCAGCAUGACAAUGAUCCCAAACACACAGCCAGGGCAACAAAGGAGUGGCUUCGUAAGAAGCAUUUCAAGGUCUUGGAGUGGCCUAGCCAGUCUCCAGGUCUCAACCCCAUAGAAAAUCUGCGGAGGGAGUUGAAAGUCCAUGUUGCCCAACGACAGCCCCAAAACAUCACUGCUCUAGAGGAGACCUGCAUGGAAGAAUGGGCCAAAAUACCAGCAACGGUGUGUGAAAAGCUUGUGCAGAGUUACAGAAAAUGUUUGGCCUCCGUUAUUGCCAACAAAGGGUACAUAACAAAGUAUUGAGAUGAACUUUUGGUAUUGACCAAAUACUUAUUUUCCACCAUGAUUUGCAAAUAAAUUCUUUAAAAAUCAAACUGUGAUUUUCUGGGGUUUUUUUCCACAUACUGUCUCUCAUGGUUGAGGUUUACCCAUGCUGACAAUUACAGGCAUCUCUAAUAUUUUCAAGUGGGAGUACUUGCACAAUUAGUGGUUGACUAAAUACUUAUUUGCCCCACUGUAUUUGUACCCCUCAGAAUCAGCAAUAGUUAUUUUUAAUAACAAAAAAGUCCACCUUUACGAGUAACCACCCACCCACCACUCAUUUCAGCUCCAACUGCUACCAUGGGCAAGACCAGAGAGCUUUCGAAAGACAGCAGCGAAAAAUUGUUGAGCUCCACAAAGCUGGAAAAGGCUAUGGGACAAUUGGAAAGCAGCUUGGUGAGAAUAAAUCAACAGUUGCAGCAAUUGUUAGAAAAUGGAAAAGGCUAAAAAUGACUGAUAUCUACCUUGGACUGGGGCUCCAUGUAAAAUCUCUCCUCGUGGGGCAUCACUCAUGAUGGGAAAAGUGAGUGCUAAGCCUAGAACUACAUGGCAGGAGCUGGUUAAUGACCUGAAGAAAGCUGGAUGCACAGUUUCAAAGGCUACUGUCAGUAGAACACUGCGGUGCAAUGGUUUAAAUCAUGCAUUGCUCAGAAGGUUCCCCUGUUGAAGCCAGUACAUGUGAAGGCCAGUCUGAAGUUUACCAGGGACCAUCUGAAUGAUGCAGAGGGGUCAUGAGAGAUUCAUGUGGUCAGAUGAGACCAAAGUAGAACUUUUUGGUGCAAACCUGUCAUGUGUAGAGGAAAAAUAAAAGAUAAGUACAAUCCCAAGAACACCAUCCCCUCUGUGAAGUAUGGGAGUGCAAAUCUCAUGAUUUGGUGCUGCUUUUCAGCAAAGGGGACAUGGCGACUGUAAUGUAUAAAGCAGAGGAUCAAUGGUGAAAUUUAUUGUUAUAUAUUGAGCCACAACCUCCUUCCCUCAGUCAGAGACCCAAAGAUGAGUCAUGACUGGAUCUUCCAACAGGACAAUGAUCCGAAGCGCAAAACCAAGUUGACCAUGGAGUUGCUGCGUAAAAUGCAUAUCAAAGUUCAGGAAUGGCCAAGCCAGUCUCCAGACCUCAAUGCAAUAGAAAAUCUUUGGAUGGAGCUGAAACUUCAUGUUUUUCAACAACGGCGCCGAAACCUGACAGAUUUACAAAUAAAUGAUUGAAAAUCAUACAAUGUGAAUAAUGAAUUUUCUUUCUUAGAUUACGUCUCUAUAAGUGGAAAUGCAUCUGUGAUUGAAAUUUCAGACCUCUACCUAUUUUCUAAGUGGGUGAACUUUCAAAAUCACAAGGGGUGCAAAUACUUCUGCUCCUCACUGUUCAUUUUGCAGUAAUUCUGCAUAUAAUGGCUUUUUUAAAAAAGGUAAUAUAUAUACUGGUAUAUGCUUUGAGCUAGGCUGGACCUUGUUAACAUUUGUUAGUCUGCUGAGCCCAUUUUGUAUGUAUGGGUGACAGACUCAAAAGUCCCCACGGUAUUCCGCUUAACACCAUUUAAAAGCGCUUUUUCCGGCUGUACUGGCACCCUUUGCCAAUUUUGAUUGUUUUUGUUUUUUGUACAAAUUUGUGAGUUAACAAAUUUAGCCUUAUCCCUCAUUAUGUGCCAGGGAAACACUUUGUGUUGAGCCUUAGCCUUGUUCACCAUUUUGAAACCAAAGUCACAGGUUGUGACUUUUAUGGGCAGCUUGUUUGGGACAUUACAACAGGGUUGGAUUUAUUAUUCAGCUAUAGUAUCAAUACAAUCUGCCACAUUAAACACUGGACUUUUAAACUUUUUUUGUAGAAAAUGUGCAAAUAUGUCCCAAUUUUCUUGACAUGGCUUCACCUCUUCUAUGAUUGGAUAGCAAGCAGUUCAGUGUGUUUCUGUAUAGAAAAAUGAUGGAUAGCUUGAAGUCCUAGACAAAAUAUGAAGUGAUUUUUUUUUUUUUUUCAAUUUGGUCACUAUGUCAAAUCCCGAAUCACUUUUUUUUUUUUUUUUUUAACAUUCUGUAAAUAUCUAUGCCUUGUCUAUAAUUUAGGUAUUUAAUUUGACAGAGAUUUAUAUUCAAUAUGAAAUAAAAUCUUAAAUUAUGACUGUUCUUGGACUGUUAUUUUUAAGUCGUGUUUGGUGGUUAACUUGUAGAUAGGGGUGCUUUCAUCACACCUAUUCUGAAGAAACCCAAAUUGGAUCCCACCAAUUCCAAUAACCUCCGCCCCAU